AUGAGAAAAAGAAAGGCAACAGAUUCAUCGGCUCCAUCCACAGAUUGGAGUGAAGGGGAAGAGAAAUUAAGACUGAAGCAAGAGGUCGGCCUGCUGAGCGGAGUGUCAUUGAUUGCAGGCACCAUGAUAGGCUCAGGGAUCUUUAUGUCCCCUCAGUGGGUCCUCCAUCAUAUGGGCAGCCCUGCCAGCAGCCUCCUGAUCUGGGCAGCAUGCGGUCUCCUGGCCAUGUUUGGAGCCUUGUCGUACGCGGAGCUUGGAACCAUAAUUAAAGAGUCUGGAGGAGAAUAUAUUUACAUCUUGAGGAUUUUUGGUUCUUUUCCUGCUUUCCUUUUUGCCUACACUUCUGUUAUCCUGGUGAGACCAGCUGGUUUGGCAGCUGUCUGUCUGAGCUUUGCUGAAUACGCUGUUGCGCCGUUCUACCCAGGAUGCGCAUCUCCGCAGGUUGUCAUUAAAUGUACAGCUUCUGCCUGCAUCCUGCUUCUGACUAUCAUCAACUGCCUCAACGUGAGGCUGGCGACGUCUGUUAUGAACAUUUUUACAGCUGCCAAACUCUUGGCUUUGUUGGUGAUCGUGGUGGGUGGAUUGGUUCUGCUAGCCAAGGGACAAACUCAGAGUUUUCAAAAUGCCUUUCAAAACACGAGUGCAGGUAUUGGGGCAGUUGGAGUGGCAUUUUACCAGGGACUCUGGUCCUAUGAUGGGUGGAACAACCUGAACUAUGUAACUGAGGAACUGAAGAAGCCUGAGGUGACCCUUCCCCGUGCUGUGAUGAUUGCCAUUCCUUUGGUAACGUGCCUGUAUUUGCUGGUAAACGUGAGCUACUUGGCAGCCAUGACUCCCCCUGAACUGCUGUCUUCAGGAGCUGUGGCUGUCACCUGGGGGGCCAAAGUCCUGGGCAGUUGGGCAUGGCUCAUCUCCCUGUCAGUAGCCAUGUCCACCUUCGGUUCAUCCAACGGCACCUUCUUCAGCGGAGGCCGCGUGUGCUACAUUGCUGCAAGGGAAGGACACAUG